UCUACGAAGAGGUAUACGAAGACCCUACGAAGAGGAAAUCUACGAGCAGGUGGGCGCCAAGUGUGUAAGUACUUUAGUAUUGCGCACUAAAGUACUUACUCUCUUGGCGCCCACCGUGGGCCACCCGCACCGUGGGAGCCGCCGGCUGCCGCCUCUGAUUCAGCAUUCGUGCCAACUCAUCAUUUUCCCCGAACCUAUUACUUUACAGCCGAUACCCAACAUUCAAUUAGUUCAGAAAACACAAUCGUUGAAUAAAACACGUGUCCUCAACUACGCUCGGCUGUUUAAAAAUUAAACCCACACGUUUGGGAGGAUGGCUCGGCCCCGACGCAAUUAUGAGCCGAGCAACUGGGCCGAGGGUACAUGCAUAUUGACGAGUGUUUGUCCUGAGCCAUUAAUCUACGUGUCUGCUGCAGCAUGGGGUCGUCUCUGCGGCGUCUGCAAUAUUGAGGAGGUUCGCUGUCCCUGUUGCCCUUCGGCCGCGGCGGCGCAUCGAUACAGGGGGCGGGGGGCGCGGGGGCGGCGGGAGGGGGCGGGGCGCCGGCCGCCGGACAGUCACUGAUGGCGCCGCUCCACCGCCGGACGCCAUGCCAUCCCGCAACACUCUGCUGGAAAUGAUCUCGCGAAGACACUACUUCAGAAUAACCAGCAGUUACUAGCAUGAUCUAAUUAAGAGCCCGAGCUACGCCGAGUGGUUGCAAUUGAUACGCGAUCGAUUGAUCCACUAAUCGACGGCCUCGACGCGCGUAAACAAGCACGGACUCUGAAAACGUGCUUUUCUUUCUUAAGUUGUUCGUUUUGUCAGUGCCAAGUUUAAAUGUUAGUAGUGUACGGAGUGUCGCUGUGAGUUUUCGGUCGGAUGUCGAACUAAAACUUUCCUCUUCAUGGAAUAUGGGCAUCUGCUUGGACACUGAGCAGAAUAAUGAAGAAGCGGAGUCGGCGGGCACGGAGCGCGGGGACAGCGCGUGGGAGCGCGCCACGCCGCCCGCCGCCGCCUUUCCCAUGCAGAAUAAUACACACGUCAAGUUUGAACCGCCCAGCGUGCCUGUUAUAUUCGUACUGGGUGGCCCAGGCAGCGGUAAGGUGACCCAUUGCGACAACCUGAUGCAGGAGCGGCGCGGGGUGGUGCACAUCAACAUGACCGACCUCCUGCAGCAGUACGCCAUCGGCAACGACAUGCAAGACUUCGGCACGCUGUCCAGCAAGACGGUGACGGAGGUGCUGAUGCUGGAGAUGAAGAUGGCGCCGGCCGCCAAGACCUACCUCGUGUCCGGCUACCCGCGCAGCAUGCGCGACGUCGCGGAGUACUCCGAUAAGAUACAGACAAUAAGCGGCGUGGUCCUCGUCUCGUGGCGCCAGCGAGUCCUGGAGCGGCAAAUAGAAUACGGUGCUCGCCUCGGCCACGUGGUGCUGUCCCUCGCUCGGAUGGAGCUGAAGAACUUCUACAAGAACGUGAUGCCGGUGGCGGAGUACUUCGACCAGAGCAACAUGCUUAUUGCGGUAAACGGCGAGCGUAACCCUGAAGAAGUGUACAAAGACUUCCGAGCAGCCAUCCUGCAGGUGCUGGGCGCAGUGGAGGAGCAGAGCAACGGCGGCGUCGGCGCGGGCGGCAUCCCGGGCGAGAUCGUGGGCGUGGAGCCCGCGCCGCCUAAUAUGAUGCCGCGCAGCCUGCCUCAAGAGCCGAGUGCUCUGCCCGUGCCCGUCGCCGAGCCGCUGUCCCUGCCGGCGCCCGUCAGCGUGGAGCCCACGAGAACUGUCACACCUAAGGCGUCAGUGAUUCGGGUGCGGGGCGCGGCCACGACGCCGCCGCUGCUGUUCGUGGUGGGCGGCCCGGGCAGCAACAAGGCGGCGCUGUGCCAGCGGGCCGCGCCGCUCCGGCAGGGCUGGACGCACUUCAGCCUAGGCCAGCGUCUCCGCGCGUUCGCCGACGCGGGCGGGGGGCUCGGGUCCGACGGAGCCCUAGCACGCGCCGCCGUCAGCGGGGGCUCCCUCGCGCCACGCGACCUGGUCAGCAAGCUGGUCCGUGCCGCCGUGACGGAUAGUGGACGAAGUGGACACGGGCUUGUGUUGGAUUCGUAUCCGCGGGAUUUGGAGCAGUUGGAAGCUUUUGAGAAGGAGUACCGCAUCCAACCCCGCAUGGUCCUCCUAGACUGCUCCAAGCUGCAACUGGGCCGCGGGCGCCGCGACGACUCCGUGGGCGCUUUCCGCCGGCGCCUCGAGGUGUUCCGCGAGAUGUCGCUGCCGAUGCUCAAGAGUCUGGACACGCAGCAUCGACUUGUUAUUGUGGACGGCGACACGGACACGGCGGAAGUACAGGAGCAGUUCUCCCGCGUGCUGCUCGAGGAGAUGGAGAAGGCGGAGGCGCUCGCCAACAUGCCCGCGCCGCCAGCAGAGAACAACACAAGCAUGUCGUCGAUGCAGCAGUUCGCGAACGCCAUGUCCCGCAUGGGGGGCGCGUUACUCGGGGGCGCCAACGGCGUGCCCAGUGGUGCCCCCAACGGUAAUGUGGGCAAUGGAUACGUGAAGGGGAAUGAGGUAAAACCAAUGGUAAAUAACAACGCUCCGGCAAAAAUACCGACAGUCUCCCAAAUGACGCACGAACAAGUGAGAAAGAUGUACGAACAGAGUUCCGGGGACAUCGCCAUGAACUCACACAUAUAGAAGUAAUAGUGGUCGAAUUUCGACCAAUCGCAGAACACCAAACUCUUACGCAGGACUUUGAGUGCCCAAGUGUGACGCCCAUAGACGAAUAGACCAAGUGUAAAUUAAGUUAUCGUUUUGUUUUGAAGAACGGGUAUGUAAUACCUAAGACGUUACAUAUAAGUAAGUGAAUAGUGCCGAAGUCCUUAGGUUAAUUAAUAAAUUGCAUAGGUAAGGUUAUAUUUAAUUAUACCUAAAUAAGUAACUAACUAGUAAUGUUCUAACUUUAAAAUUUACGUAAGUAUGGAUACGGCAAUAUUUGGUAAGUAGGUAAAGUACUUAACCAAGUGCCUUUGUGAUUUUGUUUAUUUUAUCAAUUUAAAUAUAAGAGUAUGAACUAUUUAAAAUAUAAAAUAUAUAAGUAAGUAAAUAAGUAAGUUAUUCGUUUUAUGUGAUAAAAUAAUAAUACCUACGUAAUUACCUAAAGGUUAAAAGAGUGGACCAUGCUAAGAUUAAGAAAGUAUAUUAUAUGAAGUUAGUUAGAGCUAUGUUAAAAAAUAUAUAAUAUAUCUGAUGAACAUUUAUUAAACUGGCUAAAAUUUCAAGACAAAAUUAACGCGACGUCCAUGUUUUUAAUAUUGCACGGGCCAGUUGCACUGAGUCCAUAGUUAACUCAACUCGUAUUCGUUAAAGCAAGGAACACGAGUUCUUUCCGUCCAAUCCAAUGAUUUUGGAAUUUAAUUUAGGAAUCUAUUAAUAUUUAUUUAUUAUUUAUUUAUUUAAGCAAACAUAAAAGACAUAAUAACUUUACUAUAACGAAGUUUUUAAUGACUAUACCAGAAUAAAUUGAAGCAGUUCAGAAAUCUCUUCUCUUCUAGUAUUACAUCAUUAAAUAAAACCAUGUUAAGAUCUAAAAUCACAAGAAGCCAGCGUAAUAAGUGUACAUCAACCGUGACAAUUAUAAUAAACGCACAUGAAAAGUGAAAACGUUUUUUUUUUUUCAAAUUAAUAGUUUAUUGAAAAGUGCCUUAGUAUUUAAAGAAAAAAACUCUAUCUAGAUAGUGUAUGAUAUGUGAUUAAAAUUGUGCAGGUACAUACCUUGAAAAAACAACGGUAGUUACUUACUUGCAUGUUUGUAAUCGCAAGUAACAGCUUUAACGAAAACAAACGAAAUAUAUCUUCGAUAGUCCAUCCUGGUCAGAACUAAACACGAUGAAAUCUGAAUUAAAAUAUUGACAAAGGUAAAAAGAUAUAGCAAAUUUUUAUGCAGCGAACUUAUCUUAUAAUCUACUUGAAAAUCAGGAUAUUUGUAUGAAGACAUAAUAUAUUAUGACACCAUCAAGAUAUACACUCAUGUGAAAAUAAAAAGUUCCAUCUGUGAGUGUAUUAACUUUCAUUUCAGUAAUGAAACUUACCUUUCUACCUAACAGUAUAUGACUGUAUAAAUAUGUAUUUAUAACUAGGUAUGAACCUAGUAUCUAACUAAGUACCUACCUAGUAAUGUUUAAUAAUUAUUAUUUCAAAUUAGUCACAUAGCAUUUAUAUUAACUACCUAUUAUGUAAAUACAUAAAAUGCAAAUACAAGGGGCCAACUUAGCUUUAGAAAAAAUAGUAAAUAGAUUUCAAAAUUCUGUACCUACCUACCUAACUAGCUAGUUGUAGUGAUUUAUUAGUUUAUAACUUAGAUUUUAGUAUAGGUAUAUCACAAAUAGUUGAGCACUUAAAUUAUUUAUUACGUAUCGGUUACCUAUUUUACGGGAGAGGAAAACAAGUUGUUGUAUAAGGCAGAGAAAUCUGACCCCUCUCAGGUGCAUUGUUACUAUAAGACGGGGUCAAGUUUAUCUGCAUAUGACCGUACGUUGCCUUAAAUUAACGAUAUUACGAUCAACAUGGUGAGUGACAUAUAAUUAUGUACAUUUUUUUAUGGCCUACUUAGCCACAAAUCUUCUAAACGAACUAAUAAUUCAAAAUAAGACCUCAGUUUUAGAAGUGGUACACUCCAUCUAGUUCGUAUAAAAAUAUCGCUGUCCGUAAUCUAUCCUCAUAUUAUUAUCUACCUCUGCAUAGGUACUUUACAUUUUCUGUCAAAAGUUUCUUAAUAGUUUCCGCUAGAGGUGGCAUAGAUUAAAAUAAACUUUCACAUUUCCUGAACAUAACCUGGAGUUACGGUAAACUUUACUAUACACACACUUCGGUACCUUGUCAAACUAAUGGUGAGUAGUUAUAGACUACAACCUUUACUUGUGACAAGACAACGAGCCGCUCUCUGGUAUGUUAUAGCUGGUGUAUCAUCCUUUUACGAACUUUUUAUCAUGCGUUUGCUGUAUUGUACCUACCAUUCGUAAGAACGUUACAUUUACGCAUAAAUGCUGUAGUCUGAUGCUCGUCAAAAUGUUGUAGUCUAUACUCACCUUAAGAAACCGGAUUGUGUGAUUGACAAGAUACAAAAGUGUUAGCUACGUAUGAAGCAGAGCUGACUGUACUAUACCCAUAAGCCGCCCAUGCUGGUUCAUAAUUAAAUUACCGUUUAUUGAAAAAAAAUAGGUAAGUAGUUACUGAAAAUGUUAAAUCAUGCAGACCAACCCAAAAAGGCUACCUAAGUAUUAAUAGGAAUUUCAUACAAAUUAUCAAAAACAACAAUAAAAACUUUAAAGUGAUUGCCUUAAUUCUAAUGAUUCCUACACAAUAAUUUUAGAUGAUUUUAUGUUUUUAACUUGUAUAAAUUUGGAUAAGUAAAUGUGUGGAUGGUCCAAUGGAGAGGCACUGUGAAAAAAAUUUAUCCAUAAGUACUUACUUAGAUAAUAUUAAAACUUUAUAUUGUACAAACACCGAGCGUACCUACCUAUUUAGAAAAUGUUUUGUCUUAUAUUUUUGAAUAUACGAGCACAUUUUAUAUUA